AAUGCAAAAAGGUUAGCAGAAGGAAAGAAUAUUGCAAAUGUUGUACUCUUACGAGGUUGUGGCAUACGGAUCGAGCAUGUUCCAUCAAUCAAGUACCACUACCUAUCUUCUGAUAACAAAGCUGUGAAUUGAAGAGCUUAUGCAAUGUCAUUACAACCAAGGAGCCAAUCAAGAACUUACCUCCAUUUCUUCAGCAAGCAUAUUGCUAGAGACGGCGGGCGCCAAAGCGAAGAGAUCGGAGGAGGACGGGGGGAACUGCGACGCGGGUGCCUGGGCCCAUGGCGCCGGCAAGGUCUCUGGCGAAGGAUAUCUCUCCGGCCGUCGGGGGCUUCAGGAUCUCAAAGUCUGUAUUUGCAUCCGCGCUGUUGGUUCUCGAUGCCGUCCUGAUCGCUCUCAUCAUCGCCUACGUCCCUUAUACGAAGAUUGAUUGGGAUGCAUACAUGUCCCAGGUAGAUGGGUUCCUUGGAGGAGAGAGGGAUUACACCAAACUGAAGGGGGACACAGGCCCAUUGGUUUAUCCAGCUGGGUUUCUCUAUGUCUAUUCUGGCAUCAAAUUUCUGACUGGAGGAGAAGUCUUUCCUGCGCAGAUCUUGUUUGGCAUUCUUUAUAUAAUAAACCUGGCGGUUAUUUUCUUCAUCUAUAUAAAAUCAGAUGUGCUUCCAUGGUGGGCUUUCAGUCUCCUUUGUUUGUCAAAGAGGGUGCAUUCCAUUUUUGUUCUUCGUCUGUUUAAUGACUGUUUUGCAAUGACUUUGCUUCAUGCUUCUCUAGCUUUGGUUCUAUGUCAAAAAUGGCAUAUGGCUUUGAUUAUUUACAGUGGAUCUGUGGCAAUUAAGAUGAAUGUUCUUCUUUAUGCACCACCUCUGUUUCUGCUCAUGUUGAAGGCUCUUGAUAUUAAGGGCGUCUUUUCUACCUUGUUUGGUGCUGCACUAGUGCAGAUCAUAUUGGGCUUACCUUUCUUGCUGACAUAUCCAGUUGAGUACUUAUCAAGAGCCUUUAACCUUGGACGUGUCUUCAUUCAUUUCUGGUCUGUUAAUUUCAAGUUUGUUCCAGAACAGAUAUUCGUAUCAAAGGAGUUUUCCAUUGCUCUGUUGGUUCUUCAUCUCAUGUUGCUUGCAACUUUUGCACAGUUUAGGUGGUCCAAGAGCGAAGGGCUUUUUAUUCUCUUGAAGGUCAAAGUCAGUGAUGCCUUAUCAUCUAUUCGACGAUUUCAUUCCUAUGAACCAAGAACCAAAACUCUUAACAAAUCAUAUGUUGCUUCUGUUAUGUUUACCGGGAAUUUCAUUGGCAUAGUAUGUGCUCGGUCCCUUCAUUACCAGUUCUACUCAUGGUACUUCUACUCCUUGCCCUUCCUUUUGUGGAUAUCGCCUUUCCCUACACCUCUAAGACUCAUUUUGUUUGCUGGAGUGGAGCUUUGCUGGAACAUCUACCCUUCAAAUGUCUACUCUUCAUGUUUAUUGCUCUUUAACCAGAAAGGAGGGGCAGAAGGCUCUCAAUCAAUGAUGCUACAAGACAUCAUCAAUAUCCACCACCUCAAUUAUUAUUAUUAUUUUUUCCUUUAAUUUUUUUUUAUCAUUAAUUAUGAUUAUUUGUGGCAGUGGUGUCUGUUGCAGAAAUCAUGGCCUCUACCUUUCAUAGAAUUCAAUUGAAUCACACACAGCCACUCAACAGGUUGCCAUUGGGCAACCUGUCCCAAUUCCCAAGGCAAAGUAAGUGCUAAUGGUAAUUUAUUGGAAUGAUUAGGAAGCACAAACAAUGGUGUUAGAGAGAGACCAACUUCAACCUCAUUGAGAAAAUAGACCACUCCCUCAAUACAUUCUUAUCUAUUGGCUAAGGCUCUAAGAGUUCACUAUGGUUGAGGAGUCAAUUCAUGGCCAUAAAUUUAAAGGAUGCCUUGCGUUGAUUGUAGGGCAAAGACAGAAUUAGGCAAAGGAGUUGAUUGAUUGAAGUACUCAAAUUGAGUUUGCCAAAGAUAUUAAAUGUAUUAAGGUGAUUGAAUGGAGUAGGUUGGCUUGCCAUGGUGAA